AUGGAUGUUGAUGAACCUCUUCGGGAGAAGCUUCAUUGUCGUCCUGGAAUGAGUUAUGACAGGUAUGGCCGAACUCGGAGGAGACUCCGGACUGGACGGGGGAUCGACGAGGCCGACCCCCGUGCUGAGGGGGCCGGGGCUCUCCAGCACUACCAUAACACUGUCACUUUGUCAACAACAACAACAACAACAACAAACAACAAAAACAAACACGUCACUCCAUCAGCCGUGGCAUAG